AUGCCUCGACGGUCCGAGGAACUCCAGCAGGUGAUUAAGGAGGUGACGUCACAGCUUGGGGAAGACGAAGAGAGGGGGGAUCGUGUCGCGCGAAGUGCGGAUAGCGACGAGGAGGCCACCGGGGGGGGACGGGAGGAGGGGAAUGACCGGGGAAGCGCGGAAGCAAACGCGGAAAUGAAUGCGGAAAGGGACGAUGAAGAGGCGCCUUCACGAGCGAGAGAAAGCGCGGAAGGCGGAGGAGAAUCUGCGGAGGGUGCGGAACGCGCGGAAGGCGGAGAGCUGGCGGGCGACGCGGAGGAGAAGCGAGAGAAGCGCGGAGAGGAGGAGGAAGAGAAGGCUGAGGUUGGGGAAGAGAAGCGCGAAAAUGUAGUCCCCCCCGCGGAUGACGACGAAGUGGCGGAGCGGAAGGCGGAAAAGGCGGACGCGGCGGAAGACGAUGCCGGCGAGGGGGAGGGUGGGGAGAAAGCGGAUAGGCGGAGGAAGGAGAGGAGUGAGGAUGGCGACGAGGGAGAGGGGGAAACGGAGGGGAACGGUGAAGGGGACGGCGAGGGGCGGCGUGUGAAGAAGGAAACUCAGGAGAUUCCGGAGGCAGACGAUGGCCCGCGCGCGGAAAAGGAGGAGGAUGACGCGGAAGGAGGCGAUGAUGACGUGUCGAAGCGGACGCGCGGAAAGGGAAGGGAGCGGGGGGAGGAAGAGGCCGAUGCAGGCGGGGCAGGCGGGGGAGCAGCAGGUGCAGCAGGGAUGGAGGAGGAGAUGGAAGGAGCUGCAGUGACGCCCGGCCAAGACGAGAUGAUUCCUGGAUCAGGUGCGUCUGACCGCACCAGCACCGCCAGUGGGGCUGGUGCAGUUGGAGGUUCGGAGGGAGGCUCGGAGCCGAUUACAGGCGCGGGGGUGGGCGGCGAUGUGUUCGGGCGGGCGGGGGAAGGGAGCGCAGGCGCGGGGUUGGGGAGCAUGGGCGCGGGGGAAGGCAACAUGGGCGCGGGGGAAGGGGGGAACAUAGUCGUGCGCGACGAGGGGAGCAUGGGCGCGGUGGUGAGUGAAGAAGAAUUGGAGAUUCUGAAGCACCUUCAGGAGGAUGUGGCGGUGAGAAUGAGUGAGGAGGAGCAGAUGGAGCUGGAGGCCGGGGCUGUGGCUGACGCUGAUGCCCACUCGUCGUACAUGCAGGAGGUGAUGGGGAUCCGGAGGAACUUCAAACCGACGCUCAUGGGAAUGAAGGACAAGGCAAGCAAGCACGUGCUGCCACACAUCUCUCAGAUCGCCCGCACGUCCCGGCCUGUCCCUGUGUGUGACGCUCCUUGCAAUCCUCCCUUCCUCCCCUUCUCUCCCACCCCUCUUCCACUCCUCUCCCACCCCUUUCCCACUCCUCCCAAACUCCCCCGGCAGGGCCUCUCCCUGUGUGUGACCAUCCGCUCGUCAGAGAGAGGGCAGGGCAAGUUCAUUCGCCUGCGAGCAGUGCUGCAGCUGCUGGUGUCCCUGGGGGUGGGCUUGCACGCCUACAUCACUAUCUUUGAACGUGCCAUGCUUGAUUUGCCGCCCAAUGCCUCGGCCGGCGCGUAUGCGGCUUAUGCGGCAUGCUUCUUCUUCCUUGUGCUUAUAUCGAGGGGCCCCAAGCGGCACGAGGAUAAGGACAAGUAG